GUUAACCCGCGCCUCAGUAACAGUAACGUGUGUGUUCAUUUUUUUAACGUUAGGUUCGAUGAAGCCAGAUGAGAGAAAACGGAGGUUCAAUGAAGCCAUCGUUAGCAUGCUCUAUCCUUCUCCUCCACAACAUGAACAAGAGUCGGAACCUGUGGAAGCUUUGAUGGAAGGAUGUGGUUCUGAUGUUAAUAUUUUAGGUACGAUUGUGGAUGACUACGAUAAUGCCUCGUCGAACAGCAACGAAGAAGAUGACUGUGAGGCGAAGAAGGGAAGCAGGGCUCAACGAAAGAGAAUUCGUAAGAAGAAGCUGAAGGAAGAAGCCAUUCGUCGUGGAAAACUAAUUGGGCCGCUGUUGCCUCUGACCCAUCAAGUGGCAGAGGAUGCUCCAGCUGUUCGAUCAAAUGCUUCUGAGGAAGGUGUUAAAUCAAUGAAAGUGAAGCAGCGGAGAAUGGCUAAAAGGAUGGCCAAACAAAAGCCAAAUGCCUCUACUUCGGACAAUACCAAUCAACGUCUAUAAAAAGACUCAGAUCACAACAAUUGCAAAGUAAGGUAUUGCAAUAUUGGCUACUGUGUAGUAAUUCUUUUUUUUAGUAUUUUCUUUUCGAUGGCUGUACUAAGCAAUAAUUAUAUUAACUCUAG